CGACUCGUAAUGGCGUGCUCAUGUCGACCGUAGGCGAUGGCACAAAGACAUCUGACGCUUUCGAAUCGUUAAUGAGAGGAAUCGACUCAGUUAUUCCAUGUACAAAUGAAUAAAUCUUCAAUAAAAAGUGAAAUUAACCUGACAUAAUUAUGUCUAUUUGUGCCGUGAGAGAUUGCACACCACGUCAUACUUUAAUCAGAUGAUUCGCGGUGCCAUCUAGAAUGGCUUCAAUAUUAGACACUAUAAACCAGAGACCAGAGACCCCAUGGUCUCUGCUAUAAACAUCCAGGAACAUACGAAACUCCCUCCACGCCACUUGUCUGCUAACAUAUCAUGUAAACAAUUAUAGACAUAUUUAUCUUCUUUUGAUCCUCAUUAUUUAGUUGUGUGCAACUCUAAUCGCCAUUAUGAAAAGAAUAAAAGCCACGAGAAUAAGGCCCAAUAAAUUAUUUGAAUCAUGGUUGGAAGAGUGGAGAGAUGAGGCUAGCCUGCGCAGUUCUGGAUUGCAAGAUCAUUUUUCAAAAGCACUCGAAGCACUCAGGAAGUAUCCACUGACCUUGGAAAGCGGUAGGGACUGCAUUAUACUUCAACACUUUAGUAGUAAAUUAUGUGCCAUGAUCGAUAUGAAAUUAGAACAACAUCAAUGUGCCCAAGCACCUGAUCAAUUUGAGAGUAAUCCUGUCACGGUUCAAACAGAAAUGAUAAUCAACUCUCAGAGCAAGACACAGCAGGGGCAAAAUGGAAAAUCAACUGUUAUGAAAAUUUCGGACGAUGAACUCCCAAUAAAUGAACCGUGUAGAAGUAAAAAGGCCAGGGUUACUGCUCUUGACAAUGAUGGAUCUACAACGGAUGACUCUAGCAGCAGUAAGAAUUCUAGAGUUAUUCUCUCAGAUGAUGAGUGUAUGAUGAAUGAUCCCGGUUGCAGUAAAAAUUUCAGAAUACCUCCUGUAGAUGACCAACCAGUGAUGGGAAUUCCAAACUACGAGGAAAAGGACGAAGAAGAAGACGAACCUGAAACUUUAGUCAGAUCGACUUUUACCCUAUUACCCGGAUGUUUUGAUAUAAUUUUGUUGGUUGAUAUUCAGGAAGUUAAAGGAAAAGAUAAGGAUGAUCCUGUAAUUACACAAUUAACGCGUGAAAACAUAUCCUUCGAGAUUCGUCGUCUCACUGUAGGGGAUUAUCUCUGGAUCGCUCGCUGUCAUAGCACAAAACAAGAACUAGUGCUUCCCUAUAUUGUUGAACGCAAGCGAGUCGAUGAUUUGGCAUCGAGCAUCAAGGAUGGACGCUACCACGAGCAGAAGUUUCGACUGAAGGAGGCCGGGAUUCCGAAUAUUGUGUAUCUGAUUGAAAAAUUGCCUAAUGAACCUAUCAACACGUUGCUACCUGUGACGACUCUUUCACAAGCAGCAGUGAAUGCAGUUGUUCAGGAUGGUUUCAGCAUAAGGCAUGCCGAAAAUCAUCGAGAUUCUAUGCUAUAUCUAGCAACGUUUACGAAAAUACUUAUAAAAUUAUUUAAGGAUAAAUGGUUGAUCGAAUGUGAUAGAAACAGUCCUCAGAAGAGAAUCGACGUUAAAAGUGAGCGAAUAUCGCUGAUGGAAUUUAAAACAUUUAAUCAAUCCUCAACAAAAGCACAAAUGCUAAAAGUCAAGGACGUGUUCAUCAAACAACUAAUCCAAAUAAGAGGGUUAUCCCUCAAUGCGGUCCUAGCAAUCGUCAAAGCUUAUCCAUCCCCUCUUGUCUUGAAAAAAGCGUUCGAGGAUGCGGGAAAUAAUGGAGAAACGCUCUUAGCUACUAUAGAAUUUGGUGAAACUAAACGGAAACUGGGACCAGUGCUCGCUAAAAUAAUAUACCAACUUUAUUCAUCAGAAGAUCUCCGCUGA